AGUAAAUGCCUCAGAAAGCCUCAGUCUUCCCACUGACACGAGUCUGUAAGGGCGCGGAAAAUCGCGGUUUAGAGAUCGGUGUUCGCGAUCCGUCUGAUUUCAUAAAUUAAACUGCGACGCGGCCCGGAAAUGUCGCUAAUUAACUUGAAAUCGAAAGACAUGUACGACGAGCCCAUUAACCUGUGGAGGACCAAACAACGCGUCCAUUACCACCACGAUGUGAUAUCCAAGGGAAACGACCACAGAUCCUCCGAUGCCUGCGAAUACAUAACCAUAACUGCGCCAAAGAAGUCGGGUUCGUUCUCGAGAUCCCCGCCAGGCUCGCUGCCCACUUCGGUACCCGGUACACCUCGUCACUCGGUGGCCGCCACCUCGAAUCAAGUGAUCCGUUACGCCCGCACGUCCUGUGAUCACUGCGGGCACCACAGCAUUCCGGUCAUGUCGCCGCAUCCCAUCUCUCCGCUGGCCAAGUCGCAGACCAACCUGGAUCUCGUGGAGCACGCCAGCCAGCGCCAGGCCCUGCUCCCGCUGCCCACCAUCGGGAUGCACCACGAGGACUCCGCCUGCACCUUGCAGGUGUCCCGCCGGCCUUCGCUGCUCCUCCAGGAGAUCCUCACCCAGCGACCGCCGCUCUUCGGGCGCAGGGAUGGCAACGGCUUCCUGUCGCCAAGGACUACCAAGAAUGGUAACCUGCAGGGAACAGCGAGCGGCAGCACAGCGACCAUAAACUUCCAGAGUGGAGCCACCAGUGCCAGGAAUGGAUCCACCGCCUUCUUCGACAAUGGGGCCAAGAGCUUUCAGGCCAAGCAGCAGAAGGAGAAAAACCGACGCACUGGCAACGAUGCCAUAAGUUCGGCGCUGUCGGCCACCUAUUGCAAGCUGUUGGUACUACUCGGCGUUUGUCUGCCGAUCACGGAAGUUAUAUCCGAUCAGAUACCGACCUACGUGUACCAGGGGUUCUACGUAUACCUCUAUGUGGGCAGCAUACUCUUUGUGGUCUUCCUGUACAUCAGUGCCUUCCGAAACCGAUCGCUCUUCAAUGCCCUCAAGGACUUUCACGAAAAGAACAGCAAUGUGCAUCUGAAGCACAAGGUGACCCAUUUUGGCAGCUUUUACCUGAGAGUGGGAGCCAUCGCCUUCGCCAUUGGAACUAUGGUGUAUUCGGGACUAGAGUUUGGCCAGUUCUUCGAGCUGAAUGGCCAUCCCGGCUGCCGGGAUGUCUUCGUGGCCAUCACACCCAUCUGCCGGAUGGUACUGUGCAUCGCCCAGGUGCAGUUCAUCUUCCUGAACACCACCUACAUGGACAUGGCGCGGCACAAGGUGACCUCGCGCUUCGGCCUGAUGCACAUGGUGGCCACCAACUUGUGCGAGUGGCUGUACGUCCUGGUGGAGGAGACCAAGCACGAAAUUUUCCACAUCGGACAGCACGAAGUGGAUCCCGCCCACGACCUGGUCAUGCACAACAGCUCCAUGAGCAGAACGGACUGGUCCGCGGUCAAUGAGUCACUGCAUCAGCAUCAUCGCCAUCAUGCGCCCAGCACCGCCGUGCUGGCCAACGUGAGCUCCGUAAUCGCGAAUAUGACCAUUACUCCUUCGCCCACGCCGGCUGCCUUCAGCGGCUGUUCCCGCACCACGAUUAUGGGUGCUCUGGUGCAGCAGCUCUCGCCAUUCCUGUUCCCCUGCACCAUCGAGUACUCGCUCAUUUGCGCCGUAAUCCUCUUCGAGAUGUGGAAAACUGUCAAAUCGAUUCCGGACAUCGACAAGAGCCGCAAGAAUUCCGUGAAGCCCGCGGCCGCCAAGCCUGCCCAUCACUUCUCCGUGGACUGCUCCCAGUCGCACAAGGGCCUCUUCUUCGGGAUUCUGAUCAUAGUGAUGACCAUUAUCUCCAUGAUCAUGUACUUCGUGCUGUACACCCAGCCGGGCUACGAGCUGGUGGCCACCCAGGAGGUCACUCUGUGGGAGACCUUCAUGUACUUCAUGUGCGCAGCGGCUGUGAUAACGGGCAUGAUCCUCAUGCGCGAUCUGCGCUACAUCAAGAACAACAGCGACGAGCACCACUCAAUGGAUUUGGAUAAUCUCCUGCUGAUUGUGGCCCAGACCGGGGUGUACCUGUACGGAAUGUUCAGCAUCCUGGGCAGUUACUUCGCCAAAUGGGACACCGUGCCCGACCGGGUGGAGGGCAUUGUAGCGGAGGUCUUUGGAGUGGUGCAGACCUCGCUGCAGACCAUGUUCAUCCUGCACUCCAGCCAUCGGCGCUGCAAGGGAACCAGUCAGGUGAGAAGGAAGCCGGGCAGGGAGAUCAUCACGUUCCUGCUGGUGGCCAACAUUGCCAUCUGGUUCGUCAACACCCUGAUCAAGGGACGAGCCGUCUUCAGGGAGAGCCAUCUGGAGUUCUUUGGCGUCUGGGGCUGGACGAUCAUCACCCACAUCUCCAUGCCGCUGGCCAUUUUCUACCGCUUCCAUUCGACCAUUUGCCUCUUCGAGGUGUGGAAAAUCACCUACAAGGCCAAGGCGCAUUAGUGGCUAAAUCGAAACUGUUGAUUAGUUUUACAGCUUUCAUUUGAAUAAGUUAGUUUAAAACCCAGCCGACUACUUGACUUAACUAACAUUAGUUAAUUUAUGCGUAGGUGCGAAACUUGUUGACAUUGCUAGCACAAAAUAAAGAUUUAUUUAUUC